CGUCCCCAUUUCAUCUCAUCGCCACCUUGAAACACAAAAUACUCUUCAUCCACGUGUCAGCCCAUUUACCAUAUUCUUUAUUUACAGUCAAUCUACUCGCGUCGCAAGCUAGGUUCGAUCCACUAGACAGUCUCUCGUAAAGCCGCAGGGCUGACGUUGUUUCACUCGCCUCUUCUCUGUCUCUCACUCAUCCUCAUAUCAAUACUCAUCCACUUAUACAAUGACUGCGCAAUCACCUCCCAAGCGCAGAGGUCGAUUAUCUUCAAACACCCAAGAUAAUGACGAUGCAGCACUCAAGGCCCGUCGCGAACGUAACCGCGAAGCCCAAAACAUCUUCCGCCGCCGUCGCCAAGCCGCCGAAGCAGCACAGGCCCAGCGCGUGCGUCGUCUCGAGCAGGUAGUCGAAGAGAUGAGCUCCGUCUUCAUGUCCUUCGUUGACGAGAUGCUCACCACUGAAGCUGUAGUCAGAGCCCAGCCGAGUCUUGUUGGUAGUUUGAGGAGAAGUAUGGAGAGGAUUCUGGAGCUGGCGCAUGAGGUUGUUGGGCCGGAGGAGGAUCUUGUGCUGUUGCCGAGGGAGGGGGAGGAUAGGAAGCGUGGAGGUUCUGGAUCGCCGGAGAGUGAGCAGAGUGAAACGACGGAGGAUUCUUUGGGUUCGAUGGCUGUUGCUGUGAGAAAGACCCAGGUCCAGACGCUGACACCGCCUACGUCAACGGCCAUGGCUUCAGUUUCUACGCCAACUCCGCCAUCUUUAUCGACUUCAACACCAGCUUCACUAUCAACGCCGCCAUACUUCAACUCUCAGCAACCAGCAAUGGCCAAAUCCUUCAACUUACCAACAUUCUCACUCUCGCCUCAGAUCUUCGGCAACGGCUGGCUCGGCACAACCCCUGCAUCACCCGGCGAUCUCGCCGUCCCCUCAUCCACACAACACUCAGCAUUCUCAUUCCGCCUCGCCUGCGAUAUACUAACGAUAGCAUGCCACCUCCUCGUAAACUCACCGCCGCCCUACGCCAUGUCAGCCUGUGAAUCGCGCCUCUUCUGCAACACCCUCAAAGGCCGUGCAAAAGACGAGAUGCUCACACGGCUUCGCUGGCUUAUUGGUCCGGGUCGACAUGAGAUGUAUCGCGUUAUCGAUCUACCGUACGGACGUUAUGGACAGUAUGUUUAUUCUCGCGCGGAGCUCAACCCUUCUACGGUGGAGGAUAUAGAAUGGCCGUGGCCUACGCGACCGGCUGGAACGCGCAUCGACCAUUUCACACGAUUCUUCAGCAUUGUUGGAGUUGAGAAGCAGCUCCUCGCACUCGGUGCCAGGGUUGUCGAUGCUGAAACUAUGGAACUCAAUCUGAACAACUCGCCGAUGCCGAAUGUUGGGCACGCUGUACCGAAACAACCCGAGAGCUGGAGCUUCGUCAAUUGUUUCUCAUUUCCCACAGAGCCAAAAUCUGGUCCUGUUACGGUGCGGGUGAGUAUACCUGCUCUUAUAAAGUCGCUCGCUACAAGAUCUCUCUGUUUGAUGCGGGGACCGGGAAUACCGAGGUCCGAGAUUGGAAGUGCGAUUGAGGAAGCCAUCAUCAAAACAGGAUGAGCACACGAUAAAAGUUUUAUGAUUUAACGAGAUGGACACACACGCAUGAAAGGAAGGAUUGGAGCACUAUUAAGGCUUUGGAUUGGAUAUUGCAAAAUUUGGGAUGGAAGCGUUGUUAUUAUGGCCUAGUAAAGCGACCUGUAUAUUGGUAUCUUGAAUCCCUUUAUCUGUCGUAACGUCGUAAUCUGUCAUUUACAAGCACACAGGUCUUUCCUUCACACCUGUCUACUAUAUACCCUCCUCUUAAAAAUAUCAUUUGUAUGAACGCACAAACGUGCUCAUUAUCGUCUCUUGGAUCUUAGUAGUCCCUCCCAGGAAACAUGAUGUCUCCAAGAACUCUUCUGCUCUUGCUGUCGUCGUUGAGCCGGUCGUGCCGGAUCUCGAGGAUUUGUUCGUCUGGGCUGUCGAGGCCGUCGUGUGUUUAUGGCGACGAAUUUCAUAAAUUCGGCGUCUUGACUUGGUGGCAGCGUACUGUUUUUACCACUACUGGUCCUUAGAAUUGGGUCGUCUUUGAGUGUCUUGGGGUGAAUCUCCAAAAUGGCACCCUUGUGCUCUCUUCCUAGCUUGGCGGCUUCCACGAGGCCGUGCAAGUCGAUAUCUCGCUUCUUCUUUUCCUUCUCUUUCAGCAUUCGUGUUUGGUCUGAUCGCUCCAUUGCUUCACGCUGUUCUUGCGUCAUGGGCGUCUCGUCCUCAUCGGGCUCAUGGGUCAAGUGCAUCAUGUGAAGGAUGUUCUCAACAGGACCCAUUUCUUGCUCUGGUUGUUGGGCUUCCUUGUCAUCGGCCUUCUUCCGCUUGAAGCAGCUCAAGGCCUUUGACAGGAGCGCAUGAGUCGGUCGCCAAAUUGCAAGCCAACAGUCUGAGAUCAAGUUGAAAAGGCUUUGGACCAGGCUAUCAGGAAUCUGUCGGAUCAAAGCUCCCAGUGGAAUUGACAUGACGCCGAAGAGCAAGCUCCAUCCCCAUUGGGCACCUGUAAGGGGUGUUGUGUCAAAUGCUUCACCUCCCUUGAAGACGAUGACGAACUGGCCAGCGAUAGUGAUAAGCUGCACACCGAUGAACCAAGGGUUACGCAGAAAUCCUUGAUACCAAAUAUCCAGCUUGUUAUCCACGCGACGACAGUUGUGUUGAUUAAAGAACUGCAUCCAGACGUAGAUGUUGAGCACCAAUGUCUGGAGCUUCUCAAUCUCGAAUUCAGUGUCGGGGUUGAAGAGAUCCCAUCCAGCGUAGUGAACAACAAACACGACUAUCAACUGGUAGAUGGCUUGGCAAAUGAUCAUCUUCCACAUAGUGAUGGAAAUAAUAGAAGCAUUGCGGGGUUCGGGCUUUCGCUUGAGGAAGUCGGGCGAGGGGUGAUCGGUAGCAUAACCAAGAGAGGCAAAGAUAUCCAUGAUCAAGUUGAUCCAAAGCAAUUGAACGACGGUGAAAACAGCGUCGCCAACAAGCUCGGAAACGACGGUGAUGAUACCUGCGGUGAUGUUGAUAGUGAAUUGGAACUAUCGUUUGGUUAGCAAAGAACCUGGCCAUAAUGAUCAAUAACCUUACCUGGCAAAACUUCUUGACGGAGUCAUUCACAGUUCGACCCCAAGCCAAAGCCUUGACAAUAGAAGCAAAGUUGUCGUCGAGAAGAAUGAUGGAUGCAGCCUCCUUGGCAACUUCGGUACCCUGGAUACCCAUAGCAAACCCGACGUCCGCCGCCUUCAAUGCCAGACCGUCAUUCGUACCAUCACCGGUAACAGCUACCGUCUCAUUCAUGCGCUUCAGGUGUGUUACAAGAAGCAGCUUAUCCUCAGGGCUUGAACGAGCCAGGACUUGCAGUCUUGGAAUAACAGCAUCAAGCUGCUCAGGUGUCAAGUCUCUGAAUGUUGGUCCAUCCAUGGCAAUGCCACCAGCUGUGUAGAUACCACAUUCUGUUGCAAUGGCCUUGGCGGUCAAGAAGUUGUCACCUGUAACCAUGCGAACGAACACUCCAGCAGCCUGGCAUUGGCGGACUGAUUCCACAACUUCAGGCCGCAAUGGGUCACGAAUGCCAAAGGCACCGAUGAAGAUCAUGCCAGAGGCCAACCAUUCUAGGUUAAUGUUAUCGGGGUCGUCGUCUGGGCCAUCAAAGACAUCCUGCGCGCUAAAGUCUCGGUAUGCAAUGGCGACAGGUCGAAGCAUCCUGUUGGCGUAGUCUUCAAUUGUGUUACGAUAGCUUGCACGGUCAUUCUCCGAGAGUCGUGCAAUUGGUACUCUGAAUGUUGGGUCCAAAACAACAAAAGCACAGUAUUCAAACACAACUUCCGCUGCUCCCUUGACGAGAAGUCGGUAGCGAUCCUCAUUAAUCUUGACCAAAACUGCCAUCCAUUUUCGGGAAGAGUCGAACGGAAGGAUCGCAACAAUGGGACAGUUGGCCCUCUCUUCGGCCAAGUUGUUCAUACCGAGAUGUUGACGACUGAAGUGCAGCAGAGCAGUCUCAGUGCUUGAGCCCAUAAAAGUAGUGGUGCCCGAGUCAUCAUUCUCAAAGGCCGUGGAGUUGAGAGCGAUGCUGUCCUUGAUCAACCUCCGACAUUCUGGAGAGAGUGACUUUGCCAUGUCUAUUGAACUGUCGUACUUGAUAGUCGAGGCACGCGACAUGGACGAGUCGGGAUCCGGAACAACCAGGUCGGUGUCGUCAAAGUAAGACUCCAAGCCAACACGUCCAGCCACGACAGUCAUCUUGUUCUGUGUCAGGGUACCAGUUUUGUCGGAGCAAACUGUUGUCGCGUUUCCCAUAAUCUCACACGAUCGAAUCAAUCGCACCAAGUUGUUAUCUCGGAGCAUACGCUUCGUGGCAAAGGCCAGUGCAACGGUCACAUUGAGCGCCAGGCCUUCUGGAACAGUGAUGACGACGACCGUGACGGCCAGAAUCAGAAUAUGUAAAAAGUCUUCUGCCUUCUGAGAAGGCCCACCAGUAACGGUGUGGAGAGUGACCAUGAAGCGGAUGAAGAGCACAAGAAAAAAGAUGGAACCUGCAAUGGCACCGAUAACAAUAAGUUGCUUGCCAAGACGGCCAAGCUUCGCCUGGAGUGGUGUCUCCUUGACGUCGUCUCUCAACGACAUGAGGAUACGGCCAUAAGUCGAGUUGACACCAACAGCAGUAACGAGAUAGUAACCAACACCGCGCGCGACAGUGGUUCCACUGAGAAUGAAGGGGUCAAUUCGGGAUGUAGCUGAAUGGUUUGGUCUCGGUACGGUCUUGUGUACAAGAUCAGCCUCUCCAGAGAUGGAAGACUCGUUCAUCUGCAGACUCGAAGCUUGCACAAGAACACCGUCCACGGCAACAACAUCUCCAGCCUCGAGGUGUAAAAGAUCACCAACGACGACAUCUUGAACGGGGAUGCGCUGGAGUUUCCCCGAGCGCAUCACUGUUACGUCCCUUUGUUGCUUUCGUUCAUUGACCUUCUUAAACUUGUAAUUCUUCUGCCAAUCGGUCGCUGCGCUUGCGAUGAUGAUGACGAGGAUCGCAACGACGAUUGUCACACCAUCUACCCACUCGACACGCGAUGCGCCUAUCGACUUGUCGACAGACUGGUAGAUACCAAUAGCGAGUGAGAUGGAUGCAGAAAUGGUUAACAAAAUGAUGAGCUUAUCAUUGAAUGCUAUCCAUAAUAGUCUGAAGAAAGAUUUUUGUGCUAUUUGGGGAAGGCGGUUAUCCCCAAAUACUCGUUUUCGAUCGACAAAGUGGUUAUCGCGAUGUUCGAACAACCCGUUAUGGAGGAGCGGCGGCGACGGUGGAGGGGAUGCUGCAGAGAGAACUGGCGGUCGUUCAAGGCUACCAGAGGCUACAGCUUCAUCCAAAGUGACGGUACCGUCCAAUGUUGUUUCGUCGGCGCUUAGUCCUGCCGAGAUAUCGGUUCGAAGACCAGCGGCUAAACCCAACAAGCCUCCAAACGCGCGCAGAGCGGAGAUAUUCUUGGCGGUCAGGAGUCGAUGUAGCUGAGACGGGGUAAAAGCAAAGUUGUUGCCCUGGACAUGUUCGUCGUCGUGCAAAUCGAAGGGCGGGUCGACGUCGUGAGGUUCGGGUUGAGGAUUCAUCGUGUUAUCAAUCUUCGACUGGUCGUGACUACCAGCGUCAAAGUUGGGGUUAGAGUUGGACCCUUCGCCAGAGCCGCCAUAGCGUGAAUCAGGAACACUCGUGAUGUCGUCCAUCAAUGGAAGUCUGUGUUACAAGUUUGUAAGCGCGAAGCAGCCGUUGAUCCAGAAAACCUGGCACGGCACUGAGCCACAGAAAGAGGUUGAAUGAAAACAAAACAGAAGAAAGAGGAAGAGAGAUUCAGUGGUGGACCGAAGAUGGUUUGAAGGGGACCGUUGAUUGUGGAGGAAGCACUGAAAUCAUGCUCAAGCUCUAGCGUGGGGGAGGCUUUUACAAAACUCUACCC